AUGGUUUUCCCUGCUGAACUCAGGGUCCAGGUUAUAACUACUGUUCUGGUCCUAAUCCUUGUUCCUCCAGCUUCUAGUCUUAAUAAUACUGAUCACUACUGUCCUCCUUCUUCCUGUGGCAAUAUCUCCAACAUCAGCUAUCCGUUUCGACUAAAAGGCGAUCCACCAAACUGCGGAGACCAAAGGUAUGAGCUCUCAUGUGAUGACAACAACCACACGUUGUUAUCUUUACAUGAUGGUAGUAAAUACUACGUAAGCCAAAUCAAUUACAACAGCUACACAAUCCGAAUUGUAGACCCAGGUAUUCAUGAGGAUAAUUACUCCUUCAUCCCUCGUUAUUUUCUCAAUCGUCGUAAUUUGAGUUGGCCGGACUGGGAUAUUUCACUGCUUUUUACUGAAGUUGUGGUUAUUGUGAACUGUGAAAAGCCAGUGAGUUGGACUUCCCCUUUCCAUUUGGACAUGACUAUUUCUACGAAUUGUUUUAAUAUCAAUAAGGGAUAUGGGUCUUCUUCCAACUCCUCUUUUUCUCAAUAUUCCAAACGGUACUUAUAUCUUAUUGUUGGCGAUGGAGCGAAUGUGAUGGAUGUGGAGGAGUCGUGCACGAUAGAGCAAAUGUCUCUGACAUCGUGGCCAGGACAAAUUUAUGGUGAUCCUAAUAUUUCCUGUACAGACAUCCACAAUAUAUUCUCAUAUGGUUUUGAACUUUCAUGGUAUGGGAUUUAUUGUGGAAGCUGCGGAUACUAUAAUUGCUACAUCGAUGACGAUAAUCAACCUUAUUGCGUCCGACGGGGAAAUACUUUCGUUAUUUUCUUACUAAAACAGGCCGUAACUGCAGCUUAUUAUACUGGAUUGUUAGGGCUCAUCG